GUAUAAUAAUGUAAACAUACGACCUCAAAUAUUUUGACAUGAGUGAGUUUGGAAAUGGGACAAAUCCUGCGGAGCUGACUGAAACCGUCGAGGAGAAGCGUCCGAAAUUUGGAAAUCGUUUCCUAACCGAUGACAAUGAUGUCUUUAAACACAAUGCUUGGGAUAACGUUGAAUGGGAUGCCGACCAAGAGCAAGAAGCGCUUGCUGCGGUGACUAAGAACUCAACGCACAAAGUGAAGGCUGAAGACAAGGAGAAGUUUCAGAACGAUGCUGAUAAAUUUUGGGAUUCUUUUUAUGGCGUACAUCAGAAUCGAUUUUUUAAAGAUCGACAUUGGCUUUUUACAGAGUUUAUUGAACUUGCUGCCCCGUCUGUGGAUGAAGUACAAGUGCCACGCAGCAUAUUUGAAUUAGGCUGUGGAGUUGGAAAUACUAUUCUGCCGAUUUUGAAGUAUAGUCAGGAGCCGAAUCUAAAAGUCUAUGGAUGUGACUUUUCCUCACGAGCAAUCGAAAUAUUGCGUGAGAAUAAGGAAUAUGACCCGAAACGUUGUGAAGUCUUUGUAAUGGAUGCGACACUUGAAGAUUGGUCAGUGCCAUUUGCUGAGAAUACAUUGGAUAUAAUUGUGCUAAUAUUCGUUCUCUCGGCUAUUGAACCUACAAAAAUGAGUCGUGUUGCUGCCAAUUGUUUUCGUUACUUGCGCCCAGGUGGUUUGGUACUCUUUCGUGACUAUGGUCGCUAUGACAUGGCGCAGCUGCGUUUCAAAAGUGGCAAAUGUUUGGAGGAUAAUUUUUAUGUGCGCGGUGACGGGACAAUGGUAUACUUUUUCACACAGGAAGAGGUGAGAGACCUAUUCUGCAAAGCUGGGUUUGUGGAGGAGCAAAGUGUUGUGGAUCGACGAUUGCAAGUAAAUCGUGGACGCAUGUUGAAAAUGUAUCGUGUAUGGAUACAAACGAAAUUGCGAAAACCGUUGAAGGUAGAAAUGAGAUAAUAGAUAAUUGCAAUAACUAUUUUAAGUCAAAAUAAAAAAAAAACAUAAACGCAUCAAUGCAUA